AUGUGUAAUCUGAUUGAUUCUAACCUUAUUAAUGAUAUAGAUUUUUACUUGGAAUAAUUUUGGCUUGCUAGUUAAUAAGCUCAAAAGGAUGAUUUAAGCAGUUUUAAUUUGCUUUAGAUGGUUUCUUAGCACAAAGAGCACUGCGUAAGAGAAAUCUGCAAUUGCAAGCAAGAAGAAAUCUAUGAUGAUAGAAACCAGCUAAGAAUAGAAUUAGUUAAAAAUAUUAUUGAUACUGUCUUUAGUGAUUGCAUAUAAAAUAAGGUAGUUAUUAAAAACAGAGCAACAAGGGAGCAUUUAUUUCUGAAAUACAUUACUUUCGUUGCUAAAUUCUAAAGAAAUCCCCUACGUGCUUACUACGAACUAAAAAAAUACUACAAAACUUACCCAAAAGAUAAUUCUUCAUAUUUUAUUGGAGUUUGCUAAGUAUUAUCUAGAACAUUCAAAUAAAUGAUAACCGCUCAUUAAGAGCUACUUUAUUCAAUGUAAAAGUAAGAAUAAAAAUCUACUUUCAACUCAAAAGUGACUCUUACCAUGAAAGAUAUUAUAAAAACAUAAGAAAUAUAAAACUCUCUUGUUCCUCUUCUUGCAGAUUACACUUUAAGCAAACUUCAACAUUUCAAGUAAUUAAAGUCAACAAUUUCUUCUAUGGAUGGUCUCAGAAUUAUAUCCAAAGAACUUUAUGUCAAAUACUAAAAGCUUAGACAUUAAUUUAGUCAUUACUCCAAAUACUUUUCUAAAAUGUCUAUUAUAGAACCAAAUUUUAUUUUAUAAAAGAUUCUUUAGAUAUUUUAGAUUGUCAUUUUUAACGAAGUUAAAAAACCUUUGCUGUUAGAGAGAUAAAUGACGCAUUUGAUUUAAAAAGGAUCUUCUAGACCGUUCGAUGAGUUAAAUUCAUACAAUUUGAAUCAAGGAAACAUAAUAACUAUUUUUACAAGUGUAAAUUAAAAUUAUAAAAUCCUUAAUCGUUCAAAUAGCUCCUUGGCUAAUUUCUUCGGAUUUAAUUAGAUAGAAUUCUCCAGUUUUAAAAGAAUAGAAGACCUCAUGCCGACUUACAUUUCUAAUAUACAUUAAUAAUUAAUUAAUGGAUUUAUUCAUAAGGGUCAUUCUCAAAUUUUAUCUUCCAAUCAAAAAGUGUUUUCAAUUAAUAAACAAGGCUUUAUUUUUCCUGUUUAAUUGCAGGUCUCUGUAAAUUACUCAUAUUAAGAUGAUUUUAGAAUGAGUGCAACUCUUUUAAAGCUAAUUUCUUAACAAGGCUAUAUUAUAUUUAAUUAAUCCGGGUAAAUCAAAGGAAUAGAUAAAAAUUUCUUUUCUAGUUUCUUUGAUCUAAAAAUUGUGGGUAUAGAUGAAGAGUAAUAAGGGAAUGGAGUUAAUGAAAAUGAAUAUUAAUCUGCAAUAUUGAAGGAGAUACAAAAACUAAAUAUAUUUACGUUUAUGCCAUGCUUGAUAAAGUCUAUUAAAGAGUUUCUUAAUUAGUUGUCGACUUAAAAUCGAAUUGAAUAUGAAAGUUAAAAUAUUCAAAAUAAAAAUAGUGAUGAUAAAAAUACAAAUUUAAAAUCAAUCAGUAGAAGAUUGCUAUUCAGUAAAAAUGAUAUUAAGAUAGAAAUCCCUUUGAAUUUAAUUGAGCUCAAUUAAUCUCUAGAAUCAUAAUUUCAAACUUAUUAAUCUCAAGCUAAAAUUAAUUAAAAUCAAACUUAAAAAAGCUCUAAGCAAUCCUCUAAAAAUUAUUCCCUUUAGAAUAAGUUAGAAGCCUUGAGUUUUUUCAAACAGUUCUAUAAAACACAAAUUUAGGAAUGGAAUAGAGCAAACUGCCUCAAGAGCGCCAACUGUUAGGCAAAUUUAAUUGUCCAUAUUAUAAAUAGCUCUAAUUAAAGACAUUAACAUAUUGUGGAAGAUUAAGAGUUUAUUUUUGAAAUUGAAAUUAAUGACUUAAAAUAAAGAAAAUAAACUUUAUUAAAUACCAUAGAUCUCCAUGACAGAAUGUAAAAUGAACAUACUUUAUAAGCUAUUGAAACCGAAAAUACCAUUUCAGAUACAGCGAAUAAAACCUAAAUCUCUUCUCAUAAUUUAGAUUCUCAAGAUUAAAAAAAACUCUUUUCAAGCUAAUUCAAAAACUAAAACUCAAAAGACCUAAAUUUAAAAAGAAAUUCUUAAAUUUUUAUGUAGAAAACAAACAACUAUAACUAAAGUUCUAGCAAAUAAAAUUAUUCUACUGAAAAAAUAAACAACUAAUUUAUUAAAUCAAGUAGUAUAUCUCUAGUUUAGUAGCCAUAAAUUACUAAAACUGAAUCCAAUAAAACUAUUAAUAAUGCCAACAAUAAAAUUCAAAUAGAAGGUGAUUCUAAUAAAUUAUAAACCAAAGAAAGAAUACUAGAAGAGGAACAUUACACCUUUAACUUGAUGAGUUAAAUUACUUCUAAUAGAAACCUUCUUUCGUAAUAAGAAUUUGAAUUUGUCUGCUUGAGCCCACAUAAAAUAAAAAGCGAAGAAAAUGUUCAUACAUUAAAUAACGAUUUAUACAAAUAAGAUAGUGCAAAAAUAAAUUCUAAGACAUUAAUUUCAUAAGACAAAUCAAUUAAUCAAAUAAAUUACUAAACAACUUAAAUCAUCACAUCCUUAAAUAAUAUCAAUAGCCCUCUUUCAGCUUAAUUUCACUAUAAGAAUUAGUUAUAAUUAGAAAAAAGCUGCGAUCAAAAAAGUACAAGUAAUCAUGAUAGUUUUUAACUGAUUGAAAUGUUUAAAAAUAAAAUGAAAUAGAAUUAUAUUACCAAAAAUUAAAAAUUAGCACAAAUUUUAUAAAAUAACAAUUAUAAAAAUGAAGCAAGUUAACAAAAAGUAAAUUAAGAUAUCAAUAAAUAGCUAUCAAAAAAUACACCUUCCCGUCCAACAAAUAAUACAGAUAAAUAAGAAAAAGAAGAAAUAAAGCUAGAUAAAAAUAUUUAGAUGGAAAACAUACAUGAAGGUUCAUCCACAACUUCAAAUAGUUCAAGUAGACAAGAAUUAAUUGUUUAUCAAAUAAUUCAUAAAAGAUCAAUAAGAAGUAACUCUAAGAUAAUUAUUCUUUUAAUAUUUGAUAUCCUCGCCUUUAUUAGUAUUUCUUUAGCAUAUUAUAUUAAGAUGCAAGGUUUGCUUAGUUAAGUAAAAGAUUCCUUAAAUAUAAGCUAAUAAUAGUCAUUACUAGGAUAAUACUAUGACCAAUAAGCAUUAACCUAAUUAAUUAAAUAUGAAUAUAAUUUGAAUAUUCUUCCAAAUGAACUAGAGAAUGCUGUUUCUUCUUUUAAUCAAUCUUAUUGUAAUCAAAUUGGAUCUAACUUCUAGAUGGACCUAUAAAAAAAUAUUAAUAGAAUUAUUGAACUGAGUUAAAGCCAAGACUAAAUACAAACAUUUGAUUUUUCAUCAAACUAAAAAAUUGAAGUAAAAUUAAAUUAACUAGAAUUUUACUUGUUAGCUAUGUAGAAAAUUAGAGCAGUAUGCGAAUCAGAGCAUAUUCAAAAUUAAAUUAAUAGUAUAUAUUUUAUGUACGAAAAUUAAAUUAUAAUCCAAUAGAAUUCUAGAGAAUUAAUUCAAAAUAAUAUUGAUCAGUAGAAUUAAAAUAUAGAAAAUUUAUAAAAGCAUGUUAUUUUGAUAAUAAUAAUCACGGUUGCAAUAUUUCUUUUUGCAUCGAUUUUAUCCUUACCCUUAAUGAAAUCAAUAAAUAAAUUCUAAGAAAUUAUUUAUUUUGUCCUUUCAAGGACUACUGUUGAUGAAGCAGACAAAGAAAUUACAAAACUCGAGCUCUUUCAUAGAAACUUAUAGAACAAUGAUUGCAGUUGGAUAGAGUAUAAUUUUUGUAGUGAUUUUAUAAUAUAAAAAAUGGCCUUAAAAAUCAACUCUUAAGAGAGCUCAACUGCUCAUUCAGCUUAAGUAGCUUUAAAAUAAUUAAAGUAAAAAAAAGCUGAAAAUAAAAUUUAAUAAUAGCACAUCAGCUCUAAGAUGAGUGACUAAAAGCUCUCUGUUUUCAAAUAUUUCAUUAUGCUUUGCUUUUUUGGUUUUACUGCUAUUUGUUUUUUGGCUGUUUCAGUUAUUUUCUAUUACGAAGAAUAAUCCUUUUUGAAGCAAUAGUUAGAUGUAUUCAAUACUACAAUGAAAACAAAAUUAUCAUUUCACUCAAUUAUCACUUUAAGCGAGUUUACUUAUAGGAAAAGUAUUAUUUAAUAACAUGAUUUGAACUUCCCAUUUGAUUAAUAUUAAAAAGCAAUAAAUAUUUUUAAUCAAGAUAUGAAGUUAUUAAACACUUACUCAAAUUAUAUGUCUAAUGCAAUAUAGAAUAGACAGAUAUUUGAUAGCUAAAAUAUGAGUUAUCUAGAAAAAUUAUUUAAUUAAAAUCUAUGCGAAAUUUUGUCAGACUAAGAAGUUUGUAAAAAUACCUCAACAAUAAAAUAAGAAGCAAUAAAUGGAUUCUUUUCUAUCAUUUCUAGUUAUUUAUAUUAUUUCUAACAGUUUAGUUCACUUUAUAAUGGUAGCCUAAACUAAAGCGAAACAAUCUAAAUGUCAUGGGAAUAUUCAUCACUUGAUUAAUAUAAAUAUCUUAUAGCUUAUGGGUUUUAAUUACCUAUUGAAACUUUUAACCUUAUUUAAAACUAAUUAUACUCCCUCUUAGAUAAUUAAAUUAAAUAAAUUUAGCAAUUUUAUACUUUUUACAUGUUAAUAGGAGAAAUUACUUUGAUAGUCAUUUGGUUAGUAUUCAGUGUCUACUUAAAAUAAAAAAUAAAUUUAGAUGUACAGUCUGCUCAAUUUGCUCUCACGUGCUUACCAUUUUAAAAGGCAUAAGAAGAAACAACAAUUUAUCUGCUUAAAUCUAUUUUCAAAUACUGA